GCGACAAUUAUUGCUCACGAGAGUCAUCUGGCCGAGCUCACUACCCCAUCCGUCCUUUUCUACGACAAGUGGCCAUCGGUUCGCCUACACUCCGCUCCUCCUGAAACUGUGGUCGAGGACUCCCGUUUGAAAUGCACUAUGGAUACUUGCUUAAAUUGGAACCACUGUCCCCUUGGGGAUUUUUUUAAAUUUUGUGCCUUGGGCCACUCUGCAAUUCCAAGCACCGUUUUUUACGCCCUUAUGGAUUCCCCUCACUAUGUUGGUGAGUGUAAAUCUGUAUCAGCUGCGGCUUGUCUUGAGAUCGCACAUAAUCUUGAGAGUGCACUGAACUGUUCAGUACGAAUAGCCAGUAACAUCCAUCGUACCUGCCUCGUUAUUUUGGUGGAGUUGGAUUCUUUGCGAAAACUCUUUGAGCAAAUUCAUCACGAAUCAGGGCGAAGUCACACAAUUAUUGCCGCUUCCCACUUCCCUCAACACCUCUUCAGGCCUGACUUUGAUUUUGUCUUUCCGGCUUCGUUGAAGCCACUGGUUGAUAUCGCUGGGGACAACACUGGGAGUUCGUCGGUUCGCUUGGUUCCUGGUCGUCGUCCUAUCUUACUUGCGCUACGCGUUGGCCGUUCUACCUCCGCACACUCUGUUUCUCUGUCUUCAUUCGAGUCGGUGUUUCUUAAGGCGACUGGAACAGCUGUCGAACCAGUCCCUGUAUCCCAAGUCUCAUCACGCAACUAG